CCUGUGCUUUCACAUGUCAGCGCUUCCCCUUCUCGCCUUUCAUUGCUCACUGCUCUCUGCCCGGAGCUCACGCACUUACCGGAUAUGUAGACGACAAGGCAGCUCCUCUUUCUUUCUUUUUUGUUUGUUUGUUUGUUUGUUUGUUUGUUCAUAACCUGUGAUGAGUUAUAGAUUAAAAAACUAAAAAAAAAACAAAAAGGUGUGAGGUGAUGUAUCGUCGGUUGGUGGCAUGAAACGCAGCGGCUCGUUCCUCUGGUUUCACAAAGGUGCGGUGCUUUCCUCAGGUGUCGGUAUCCUCCGGUCACAGCACCGAGCACCGAGCGGCGACAACACGCGCUAGAAGCCCGUAAAUCCUCAGGGGAAGGCGGCAGGAAGCCACCAGCAGCACCACCACCACCUCCAGCAGCAACAGCAGCACCGACCAUGGCGAGCGACGACUGUAGGAAAGAUGACUUGCAGGAGGAGAACCGCACAGACUCGGGCAUCGAGUCGUUCCGCUCCAUAUGUAAGUCAGAGGAGCCCCGGGAACCGAGCGCGGACUUCAGCGGGCCGAGGGACAAGUUUACCGCCGGGGAGGAGCGCCUGGACUCAGCCUACGGCUCCUCGUCUAUCACGGUGGACAGUCUGAUAGACAUAGUGGAGGACUGCACUCUUUCCAGUGUCCAGGAGGACCAAGCAGAGAUCUCUGAACUGUCUGAACAGGACGAGAACUUGCUCACAACUAUUACUGAAGAUGGAGACACCAUCCUGCACUUAGCGAUCAUCCAUGAAGACGAAUUCAUCGCCAAACAGUUGAUACAGAUAUUCCCAAAAGAAGUCCUGGACAUCCAAAACAAUUUAUACCAGAGCCCUUUGCACCUGGCCACUUACCUGAACCUGACAGACGUGGUGAAGAGCCUGGUGGAGAAAGGGGCUAGCCUGGGGCUGCAGGACCAGGAUGGUAACACGGCGCUCCAUGUGGCCUGCCAGCAUGGGCAGACAGUGUGCGCAACUGAGAUGACCAGAGAAGUUUCUCCCAGCAAGCUGGCACCGGUUCUUGAGACCCAGAACUGGAGAGGUCUUGCCUGUCUUCACUUGGCUGCACUGAACAGGCAACAUCAGAUCAUGAAUCUCCUCCUGACGAAAAAGGGAGCAGACCCGAAUAUCCAGGAAGGAACCAGCGGCAAAACAGCUCUUCACCUCGCCGUCGAGCUGCGCGACAUCUCGUCGGUGAAGCUGCUGCUCGGCAGGGGAGCCAACGUCGACGCCGCCAUGUUCAACGGCUGCACGCCCCUGCACCUGGCGGUCGGGAGACAGGACGCCACCAUCGCCACCCUCCUCUGCCAGUCUGGCGCCGACACAAUGCUGCGAAACAUGGAGGACGAGACGGCACUGGAUCUAGCUGACGGCAAUGAUGAUAUUCUGGCUCUAUUUCCCUUUGAUGACAUCCAGAUCUCCGGGAGGUCGGUGGUCGGUAUGAAGUUUUGAGCUGAAUCAUAGGUCGGAUUAGUCGGCUGCAAACUUAGAUUUUUUUUAAAAAAGAAAAAAAAAAAGCUGUAUUUGAUCUGAUGUUUUUUUGAUCUGUAUUCUUCAUUAUCUAGACAAAUAUGCUCACCGUAUAAAUCAUACUUCCCUCUGACAUAGAGCGUGAUUCUGCUUAACUGAACACUGAUAAAACAACAAAAAAAAAAA